UGUUUUGAAAAUUCGCUGCAGUGUUCGAGAUCGCGUAAACGCGUAAACGAUUGUCCGGUGUUUUCUAAAUUUCGCAAAGAAAAUCUGUGAAAUAACCAUUAUCAAUCAUAAAUAGGUGUAAAUUGCUUAAGAUCAAUCCACCAAAAUGGUAGAUGUGAAGAAGUUCAGUGAAAUCGACCUGUACGGUCUACUGGGCAUCGAAAUCGGAGCCACCGAAGCCGAGGUUCGCAAAGCAUAUCGCAAGAAAGCCCUCCAAUGCCAUCCAGAUAAGAAUCCCGACAACCCGAAGGCGGCGGAAUUGUUCCAGGAGCUGUCCAAGGCAUUAGAGAUUCUGAUCGAUGCGUCGGCCCGGGCUGCGUACGACAAACUCCUCAAUGCGAAGAAGGCCGCCCAGUUGAGGACUCAGCAGUUGGACAGUAAGAGGCAGAAGCUGAAGGAAGAGCUGGAGGAGCGGGAGAGGCGGGCGAGAGAUGCGGCGAAAGGCGGAUAUAAGGUGCAGAAAACACCGGAAGAAUUGUUCCAAGAGGAAUUCGAACGACUGCGGAAGGAGGGAUCCAAAUUGAUCGAGGAGGAGCAGGAACUGAUGAGACAACAGCUGCGAGAGGAAAAGGCAAUGCAAGGCAAAGCGCAGUCCAGCUGGGAUCCUUCGAAGCACAGGAUAAAGAUCAAAUGGAAAGCGGGAAAGGAUGAUCCGGAGAACGGAGGCUACACACAGGAGGUUCUGAACAAGUUCCUGUCCAAGUAUGGAGACAUCAAUGUGCUUGUGAUGAGUCCGAAGAAGAAUGGCAGCGCGUUGGUCGAGUUUAGGACGCAGGAAGCAGCGGAGAUGGCAGUAAGCUACGAACAGGGGCGACUGGACAAUCCGUGUAGUUUGGAGUGGAUCGGAGAUGCCCCAAAGAAUAAAAACUCGCGAACGGGUGGAUCCAGUACCAUUACGGAACGAGAUUACGAGAGUUUAGUACUGAGGCAGUUGCGACAGGCGGAGGAACGAAAACGGCUCAUAGAGCAGAUGAUGCGGGAGGAAGCCGAAGAGGAUGCAGCAGGAUACUGGUGAAGACGGUUUUAUCAUCGAGCACAGGAUACUUUAGUCUGGUCAAGUUAUACCUCGGACAAUGGUAAAGGAUGUGGAUCAGGUUCUCUUGGACAUUACAGUAGUCGCAGUCUUCCGUUCGUAUUAAAUUCCAUUUUUUAAGUCUGUC